UUGAAAACUAGCAACACUGUUCUAGUUUCUAGAACAGUAUUUUAGCAACACUAUUCUGACCAAUGUGACGAAGUACACAAAGUCUUGUCUCCAUAAUCAAGUUUAUAUCCAUAUUUCUCUCUUUGUCCUAUUCUCAAUUCUUUAAUUUACAUUGAAAACAACAACAAUUUCAAAUUUGACAUGACCAUGAUUCUGUAUAUAACAUGGUCCAGAGGAACAUUGCUUAUAUGAAGUGUUUUUAAUAGACGUAUAAUACAUUACAUCAAUUUCUUAUCAUAGCAACAUAGACUAUGAAACAAAAACUGACAGUUAUAGUAAAAAGUUAUAGAAUUUUAUUUAAAAGUCCGUAACUGAAUUUUAAAAUAGUUGUAAUUUUAAAAAGCUAGCAAUGGAGGUUACAAUAAUCUUUAUCCUAAAAUUAAUUGAACUGGCUAUAACAGUGGCUUGUAUUGUCUUGUGGGAAAUAAUAGGGUUUCUGUCUACUGAAAUAUUGCUAGUUAUCGGUACUAUUGCGGGUUACGCUAUCAUUUGCGCCAUUUUUACAAUUGGUUACAUCUUUAAUUCGAUGGCACCCAAACUUUUGAAUAUUUUAUUUUCUGUUGUCGGUUGUAUUCUGUUUAUUGCAUCAGGAAUUGAUGUAAUUCUAGAGUGGGAGAGCGAUGAAUUUGCUGGAAGUAACCGAGUUUGUGGCCUGACUGCUGGAGGUCUGAUGAUUAUUAACAGCGUUGUAUUUUUAUGGGAAGCAAUACUUCUUCAUAGGGGAGGAAGUGUUGACUAAUCAAAGAAUGGCUUUUUGUAUCCCAAAUUUUUAGUCUUAGUCGAAUUUGAUUUUUUCGAAAAAUUAAAAUCAUUUGAUU